AAGGCCAUUAUUUAUUCCUGAAAAGAAAGGAGCUGGGAAAAUAAAAAAAAAAAAAGCUACUGUACAGCUAGACACACGUAUUUUAAAGAGAAGGAUGCUUUGGAAGACUCUGGUGCUGCUGCUGUUCUAUUACAGUGCUUAUGCCACUGUGACCCACAGAUGGAGCAGAGCUGUGCUUUUCCCAGCUGCUCAGCGAUUCAAGAGGUCCUCAGCUGCCUUCCUCAACCCAGUGUUACAAAACUCGCUGGAAGAUGUGGUCCUGCUUUAUGAGUUUCUUUUAGCUGAGCUUGACAUUGACAAAGGCCAGAGGAUCUCCAUCAAAGAUGAGGAGCUGGCUUCCCUGAGGAAGGCUGCUGAGUUUGACACCAUCUGCAACGAGAUUAUCCCCAAGAGCAUCACAGAGAUCCGCAGGCUGAGCAGCAGGCUGUCUUCCUACCCGAGGGUCCUCAAGAAGGAGGACUUUGAAAGGACAGUGCUGACCAUGGUCUACACGGCCUACAGAGCUGCUCAGUCCCAAGGGCACCAGAAAGACACUUGGGCUGAAUCCUUUGUCAAUCUCUACAAAGCCCUGAAGAACGACUUGAUGCUCCCAUACAACAAACAGCACUCAUAAUGGAAGGGGAGCAGCAGCUCAGCCACCUGCUCUGGUUGGUGAAGGACACAAUGUAGCACGCCCACCACUUUAUUCUCUAAAGAGUUUAAUAGCCUGAUUCGUGAAAGAUUGUUUGUUUUCUGGCUCCCUCUUGUGGAGUCCACUUUCUAGUUCCAUGCUAAAUGGUGAAAAACAUCUUCAGUCCUGAGAAUUCGACUUUUUCUCCUGGCUUGCAGGCGUGUUCUGUGACAGGAAAAGAAGGGAGUUUGGUGCACACCCAGGCAGACCCUUGUUUGAGGCAAACCCUUGAUUCAUCCUUUGGGUUUCCUAUAAACAAUACAUAAAUAUAGUGUGCUUAUGCUCACAUGCUGAUGUGUAAGUGCUGGAGAGUGCUGCUUUCCUAGCUAGGUAAACAAGUUCAUGUUUUGGCUGGCCAAUAAGAGAAUAUUACAGAGAUGAAGACCCGCUGUAAAAGGAAGAGGUUUCAUAACUGUCAGCCUUCAGAAAUUAUGCCACAUACUAUUAAUUCCAAAUGUUCUCAUAAAUAAGCACUCUCUGAUUCACUUCAUUGGGCUGAGCCAGUGUUUAAUUGCAAUGACAUUUGCAGAAGACAAAGGGCAUUGUGAAGACCAGCAGCAAACAAUGCCUGUGACCGUAUUCCCUGCUUCCUAGAGCAGUCCUCCCAGACAGUCUGCAAUGAUUCUUUCAUUAUUUGCACCUGAAUUUGCUUCUGCUGCUUGUUGUUCUUUUUUGAAAGGAACAUGUAUUUAUCCUCAGUGGAAUCCAAGGCAAGACAAAAGCCCUAUUUAAUUUAAAAAUGGCACAUUUUUCCUGGUUCUGUCACUUGAACAUAGGUCAUCUAAACCUGUGCUGCAGAAUCCCACUGAGGCAAGGGAGGAAGGUGCAUUAAAACAUACCUGGUGCUGAAUUUGGCACCAUGGCUCUUCUUUUUGAACAGUAAAUUGUAUAAUCAUUUCAGUAACCGUGUGUGUGUGUGUGUGUGUGUGUGUCUAUGUUCCUGCAUGUGUGUGCAUAUGACUGCUGAGUAUGUAGAAGAAUCCCAAAUUGUUCAGUCAGUGAACAAUUGCAUCUGACCACUUGGCAGAAAAAGGCCAUUUAACAAUUCAGUGGUUCGAAUUACGAAUUUGGGAGCAGCAAAGAAAAAAAAUGUAGAAAUACUGCAACCAAUUAUAAUGAACUCCCCCCCACUCAAAAAAUGAACAGAAAAUAGACAGAAAAAGGAGGUCUAUUUUGUCAGAAGGAUGACCAGCUAUCAAAAAUCCAGACUCUUCUAAAUCAAACUCCCUAAUGUUUGUGCACGAGAGAUACAAACUCUGUUUUUCUAUUGAUAUUAGAGUGCUUCUGCUUCCAGACCAUGGGAAAAUAGCUGAACAUUUAUUUCAUCCUUUCAUAUCAUCAUUCUCUAUUUUUCUAUUGCAUAAUAUAUUAAGGAUGCAGGUCCAAAUCACAAAUCGCCAACACUAAAACAGACCUAAGGAUUCCAGCCCAAGUUCUGAAUCACGUUUGACUGCUUUUGCAUCACUUGAGCAAAAGGUAUUAAUUCUUCCGUGUCUCUUAAAAGGGGUACUUUAAGGAUUGGAGCUGAAAAAAUCCACCCAGAAGCACAGCAAAGAGCACAGUGCAGGCAAUCAGAGCACUGGGUUUGGCAAACACCUGUGGGAAUGUGGAAGCACAGCAGCCUUGGGGCAGUCUAGCCAUGGCAUUAGCAGCUGGACAAAGGGCUUAUAAAAGACAGAGUCAGUCUUGUUUCCCCCAGGAGUUUCUGGAUUUGUGUGUACAAGUGUGCACAUUCAUUUAGACACACAAAUGUGUAGGCUCACUUUUAUACCUGAAGAAUUUUUUUGGCCAUCUUCAAAACCUAUCUGGCAGAUGGCAAAGGAAACUUCAAACCUCAGGUGCAAAGCUGUGGGCCACAAAUAUCUCUCCUCCUCUGCUUGCACACACACAGAGCCCAGCACCCCCAAAGCAGCCUUGCUUUCCUGCCCACAUUCUCUUUGAGCCCUCAGCUUUAACACUGGUGAUCUGCUUGUGAUUUCUUCCCCUGCCAUGCUUUAUAAACACAUGAAAGGGAAAUGCCACAGAGUGCAACACUACCUUUCCAUCUCUGCUUCUUGGCUUCCUGAAACACCACUUGCUGGAAGAGCCUGGAACCAGGGCAAUUCAUAAAUGCCUCAUAGCCAGCUACUCCAAGUCUGCAAAAAUAACUAGAAAGAGAACUAGAGCAAAUAUUAAUUGCUAGCAGUCACCAAUCAGAGAAAUACCUCCCAGCCAUGCUCCUCACCCCACAACAGGACUGCCCAGCAGAAUUUGCUAAUCAUAAAAUAUUCCCUAAAAAAGAAUUAUAGAUAGUUUUAAAUAGCUUAUUAUUCUCUAUGGCAUACAUACCAUACUUACAAAUUGGUAACUGAAACAUUUAUGUCCUCAACAGAAAAUAAAGGGUUUAUGAGUUUGUUUCCCUUCUCCUUUUACUGUGUGUAAUGUAAGAAAAAGAUUUAUUCCUUGGGAAAGUUCUUGGACUGCCCAGGUUAAUUUAACAGAGACUCUCAACGUAACAAUA